UAUACAGUGUUUGGAAUUAUGCGUACGAGCUUCAGUUGGUGUUGCCAAACAUCUUGAAGAUCUUUCGUCAGUCACUUUCUUUUCAAAUUUCGUUCGAAUGAAACGUAAAAGAACGUGCUCAAGGGUUUAAGUCGCUUUUACUAAUGGAGCAAGAUUUGUUUUUGUGAAAAAUUGGAAUAAGACGUUCUGAUGUUUCGUCUCGAGCUUUAAACGUUUUAUCUCUGCGAGAAACUUUCUUAUGCCAGUCUCGCUUCGAGUCCACUACUUUGACUGAAUCGUGUAUUUUUAUGUUAGUUUUGUAUUUUAAAAUUUGAAAUCAAGAGAAGCACCGCUCAGUUCGCGCGCAUCACCGCUGCUCCACGGAGAAAUGAGCCUCGCGCACCGAGCUGAUUCAAUGUGAAUUCCGAAGAUCAAGUCAAGAACGAGUGUCCACCGGAAUUCCGACACCGUCUUUGUUUUUUUGGUCGUCAACUCUGCAACUGACCUACACAGUUACCUCUACUCUGCCACCAUGCUUAAUUUGCGGCUUCCGUCCAUUCCCUUCUCCCUCGCUCCCUGCCUUUCCUCUCUUCUCCUCCUGAUCUUUCUCUUGGGCCUCACCCAUCUCUCUCAGGCCAGUCCUGAUGUGUCCCAUAGCAGCCCAGGGAACUGCUCAGGGGAGGACAGCUGUUCUGAAGGUGUAGUCCUGCCAGUAUGGAACCCCCAGAACCCCUCUGUGGGCGACAAGGUUGCACGUGCCAUUGUCUACUUUGUGGCCCUCAUCUACAUGUUUCUUGGCAUGUCCAUCAUCGCAGACCGGUUCAUGUCUUCCAUCGAGGUCAUUACCUCUCAAGAGAAGGAGAUAACGAUCAAGAAACCCAAUGGUGAAACCACCACUGCGACCGUUCGCAUCUGGAACGAGACCGUGUCUAACCUGACCCUCAUGGCUCUGGGAUCUUCAGCCCCUGAGAUCCUGUUAUCUGUGAUUGAGGUGUGUGGGCACAAAUUUGAGGCUGGUCACCUGGGGCCAAGCACAAUUGUAGGCAGCGCUGCCUUCAACAUGUUCAUCAUCAUUGCCAUCUGUGUUUACGUGGUUCCAGACGGCGAAGUGCGAAAAAUCAAGCACUUGAGGGUUUUCUUUGUGACGGCAGCCUGGAGUAUCUUCGCCUACAUCUGGCUCUACUUGAUCCUGUCAGUCUUCUCUCCUGGUGUGGUGGAGGUUUGGGAGGCUGUCCUUACCUUCUUCUUCUUUCCACUCUGUGUUGUUCAGGCCUGGAUCGCUGACCGUCGACUGCUGUUUUACAAAUAUGUCCACAAGCGCUACCGUGCUGACAAGAAUCGCGGCAUCAUCAUCGAGACAGAGGGCGAUGGCAUGUUUACAAAGAUGGAUAUGGAGUUGGAUGGCCAGGGCACCAACUCCCACCACAAGGAGGUCCUUGAUGGCAUGCUGGCCGGAGUAGAGGAAGGAGGAGGUGGUGGAAGUGGAGGAGAAGAAGAGGAGGCCAGAAGGGAAAUGGCUCGGACACUGAAAGAGCUUAAGCAGAGACAUCCGGAGAAGGACAUGGAGCAGCUGAUCGAGAUGGCUAACUAUCAAGUCCUAGUGCAACAGCAGAAGAGUCGAGCUUUCUACCGCAUUCAGGCCACCCGCAUGAUGAUCGGAGCAGGGAACAUACUGAAGAAGCAUGCUGCAGACCAGGCCAGGAAGGUUGUGAGCUGCCAUGAGGCUAAUGCUCAGGAAGAAGACCCUCACACCAUCUAUUUCGAGUUUGAGCCCUCCCAUUACCAAUGCUUUGAGAACUGCGGCUCCUUAAAACUCUCAGUGACCCGACAUGGUGGAGACAGUGGCUGCACUGUUAAGGUUGACUAUCGCACAGAGGACGGCACAGCUAAUGCAGGAUCAGACUAUGAAUUUGCAGAGGGUACCCUUGUUUUUAAACCAGGCGAGACAGUGAAGGAGCUGACGGUUGGUGUGAUUGACGAUGACAUAUUCGAGGAAGAUGAGCAUUUCUACGUACACCUCAGCAACCCUCGGGUUGUCCACCGUGCUGAGGUCGCCAUUCUUAAUCCGAAUGCUGUGUCUCCCGGCAACAGCAUUAUAGGGUCCAGCCACGUUCCCCCUAAAGCCGCCUUGGGAAAUGCUCACACUGCCACAGUGACCAUCUACGAUGAUGACCAUGCGGGUAUCUUCACGUUCGAGAGCAGUUCCUCACGAGUAAGUGAGAGUGUGGGCAUCAUGCAAGUGAAGGUCCACAGAACAUCUGGAGCUCGGGGGAAGGUUGCAGUACCGUACCACACCACAGAGGGCACCGCCAAGGCCGGAGAAGACUAUGAGGAGGUGGCUGGCAAACUGGAGUUCCUCAAUGAUGAGACUAUGAAGAUGCUGGAGGUGAAGAUCAUUGAUGAUGAGGAAUACGAGAAGAACAAAACCUUUACCAUCCAUCUGGGGGAGCCAGUGCUGCUAGAGAUUGGACAGAAACAUGGAGACUCUAAUGAUAACAAGCCAGCGGUGGGGGCUGAGGAAGAGGAGGUGGCCAAGAUGGGGUGCCCAAUUCUGGGAGAGCACACCAAACUGGAGGUGGUGAUAGAGGAAUCCUAUGAGUUCAAGAAUACUGUUGACAAACUAAUAAAGAAGACUAACCUGGCACUGGUGGUGGGCAGCAGUAGCUGGAGAGAGCAGUUUGUCAGUGCUGUCACUGUCAGUGCAGGUGAUGAUGAUGAGGAGGAGAGCGGGGAGGAACGCUUGCCCUCAUGCUUUGAUUAUAUCAUGCACUUCCUGACGGUUUUCUGGAAGGUUCUGUUUGCCUUUGUACCACCCACGGAGUACUGGAAUGGCUGGGCCUGCUUCAUUGUGUCCAUCACACUCAUCGGAGUCCUGACUGCCGUUACCGGAGAUCUGGCAUCUCACUUUGGUUGUACAGUAGGCCUGAAGGACACCGUCACCGCUGUGGUGUUUGUGGCUUUAGGAACAUCUGUGCCCGACACCUUUGCUAGUAAGGUGGCAGCCAUCCAGGACCAAUAUGCUGAUGCAUCCAUUGGUAAUGUGACGGGUAGUAAUGCAGUUAACGUCUUCCUGGGUAUUGGGGUGGCGUGGACCAUCGCUGCCGUGUACUGGCACAGCCAGGGCAAAAGCUUCCAGGUCCCGCCUGGCUCACUGGCUUUCUCCGUCACCCUCUUCACCAUAAUGGCACUAUUAUGUGUCCUUAUACUGCUGUACCGCCGUCGGCCCUCUGUGUCUGGGGGCGAGCUGGGGGGCCCGCGAACCGCCAAGCUGCUCACUGUCUUCCUCUUCCUCGUGCUCUGGCUCAUCUACAUCCUGCUGUCCUCGCUGGAGGCUUACUGCCACGUGCCUGGCUUCUAAGGGAGAAAAUUAGAGAGAAGGAUGUACUCUUUGCUCUAUAACCCCCCAAUCAUUCUUCCUUUCUUCUUUUGUGUAUACACUACAUAGCAAAAAGUAUGUGAACACCCCUACUUAAGGGUUUUUGAAAGGCCCCUUAGUUCCAGUCAAGACAAAUCUUAAUGCUAUGGCAUACAGUGGCAUUCUAGAGAAUUGUGUGCUUCCAACUUUGUGACAACAGUUUGAGGAGGGCCUUAAUCUGUUCCAACCCCUGUGCUCAUAAUGAGAUGCAUAAGGAAAUGGUUUACAGAGUAUGGUGUUGAAGAACUUGAUUGGCCUAAUAAGCCUAGACCAGAACCCCACUGAACUCCUUGGGAUGAAUUGGAAAGGCAACUGCGAGCCAGGCCCAAUCACCCAAAAUAAAUGCCUGACCUCACUGAAGACCUUGUGUCUGAAUAAGAGCAAAAUCCCACCUCAAUUUUCAAACAUCUAUUGGAAAGCCUUUCCAGAAGAGUGGAUGCUGUUAUGGAGGACCAACUCCCUAUUAAUGCCAAUGGUUUCUAUAUUAAAUCCUCAACAAGCACAUAUGGAUGUGGUGUUCUGGUGUCCACAUACUUUUUGCCAUAUAGUGUAUGAGAAGUCUAGAAUGGGUGUUUACAUAUGUUUUUACUUGAUAACUAUUGUUUACAUUGAACUUGCAUCCUGUCACAAACACUUAAAUGGAUAUCUAGUUGGGCAUCAGUGGAGGAUGAUGGAGGCUCUGUGGUUUCAUUCACAUCUUCUGUCACCAACUGGAUAUUCAGACACAGCAACAUUAUUCUCUCUAGAAUACUCUCCAGAGAGGCCCUUCAGCGUUUUCCUACUUUACUGCUGUUUUUUUUUUUUUUUUUUAAGGACAGUCCUUAACAUCUCACUUUGAUAUUCUCUCAGAAAUCCCUCUUUUAUUUAUUUAAUUUAUUAUUUCCCAGCCAGUGUCAAUAGACUCAUUCCCACUGCAGAGAGUUGGGCAUGCUUCACAUGGUCUCACCCCUAAUUCUUUCUAUACCACACUGUUUAGACCUCAGACUCCACCCGUAGUACUACCAAUACCACACAUUUUUCACCUCGAACUUCACCUCUUGCACUUCAUAUACCACAUAUUCUUAACCUCUGACUCCACGCUAGUUCAACCCAUACAACACAUUCUUCACCUCUGACUCCACCCCUAGAAUUACCUAUAAUAGGCCCUCUUCAACUCUGACUCCACCCCUAACAUUACCAAAACCACACCCUCUACAUUAAUGACCCUGCUCCAACACUACUUAUACCUUCUUCACCAAUGACUUCGCACCAACACAAACUACACCACACCCUCUUCAUUUCUACUUAGUUUUAAUGUCAUGUGCU